CCAAACGCAGUCUCCGCGAACCAGCCCGACGCGCAGAACUGAACUCCGCCGUCAACUGGACCGUGUUCCACUCAACCGACCCCCCUAAAAAAUGGACUCACACUCGGUAAUGUAAAAGAAAUAACAACCCUUCGCACCGCGGACGUUCGUGUCGGGAUGCGCGCGGCUCAGCGGCGUUCAGACGUGGAGGAAGAGCCGAGGAGCGAGCUGCAAUUACCCGGGACGCUAAAAGAACACCGCGGGAGGUGUUGAAAGAAGAGAGAGAGAGAGAGAGAGAGAGAGAGAGAGAGAGAGGACGCCGGUGCUUGAGGAGGGGGGGAGAGCUCUCCUCCGCGGGGGGCGAACGGGCUGGUAGAGGAGAGUUUUGGGGUCCAAUUUUCUUCGAGAGCGCAAUAUCCGCACUUUGAGAGAGGGACGAAGUUCUCUGUCGCCCCUCGACUCUAUGCCGGGAGCCGCUGUAACAUGGAUGUCCGCGCCGGGCCGAACAGCAGACAACACCGCACGGAACGUGGCACACUCAGAAGAACGGUGAACGUGCUGGAAAAGACGAAGCCAGGAUUCUCCACACCUGUGAUUUGAUGUGAGCCUGUAUUGACCUGAGACUAUUAAAAUGGAGUUGCUAUGGAAACUUAUACUUCUGCUGUCAUGGGUGGAGUGUUUGGCAGGAAGCGAAGUCUUGCUGAGGCCUGUGUUCAACAAACAACCCGGCAGUGUGGUGUUUCCCCUUCAACCUGGGGAGAAUCGCAGAGAGGUGGUGUUUAGCUGCGAGGCCCAGGGACACCCGCCACCCUUCUACAGGUGGAAGCUCAACGGCUCCUUCAUCCUGCCCCGACCAGGGUCGCGUUUCUCUCUCUCGGGAGGAAACUUACACAUCAGCCAUCUGAAUAAAGAGGAGGAUGUUGGCAUCUAUCAGUGCCUGGCGUCGAACUCGUUUGGCACCAUCGUGAGCAGGGAGGCCAGCCUGCACAUUGCAUAUCUGGAGAACUUCAAGACGCAGAGAAGAAGUCCAGUGAGAGUUCGUGAAGGUCAAGGAGUGGUCCUACUGUGUGGCCCACCACAGCACUCUGGAGAACUUACCUUCACAUGGAUCUUCAAUGAGUACCCAUCGUUUGUCAUCCAGGACACGCGCCGUUUUGUGUCCCAGAAGACGGGCAACCUCUACAUCGCCAAGGUGGAAACCUCCGAUGUGGGAAACUACACGUGUGUGGUCACCAACACGGUCACCAAAAGCAGUGUUCAAGGGCCACCAACUCCUCUGGUGCUGCGGGUUGAUGGUGUGAUGGGUGAAUACGAGCCAAAGAUCGAAGUGCACUUCCCUGAAGUUGUUCCUGUUUCUAAGAGCUCAACUGUCAAACUGGAAUGCUUUGCACUUGGAAACCCGGUGCCAACCAUCAGCUGGAGAAGAGCGGACGGGGCCUCUUUUGGCAGGAAGGUGGACAUAAAUAAAGCCAGCGGAGUAUUAGAAAUCCCUUACUUCCAGCAGGAGGAUGCGGGAGUAUAUGAAUGUGUGGCUGAAAACAGUAGAGGAAGAAACUCUGCAAAAGGAAAACUUUCUUUCUACGCGGCGCCCAACUUGACUGAGAAGCCUCAAGAUGUUCAGAAGACCAUUGAUGACACUCUGGUGUGGGAAUGCAAAGCCAGCGCUAAGCCCAAACCCUCUUACCGCUGGAUGAAGAACGGAGAGCCUCUGGACCCCAUGGAGCAGGACAGGAUUCAGGCGAAUAAUGGAGUGCUGACCAUCAGUAGCUUGAAUCUGGCUGACAUCGGUAUGUACCAGUGUGUGGCAGAGAACAAGCACGGCCGAAUCUUCGCCAACGCUGAGCUCCGCGUAAUAGCCAUUGCUCCAGACUUCUCCCGGAACCUGUUGAAGGCCCAAACUCUGGCCCGACAGGGUGGCGACGUUCUGAUCGAAUGCAAGCCCAGGAUGUCUCCUCGGGGUGUCAUUUCAUGGAGGAAAGGGAAAGAAUCCUUGAGAGAGAGCCACAGAGUCACUGUGUUGGAUAACGGCAGCCUACGGAUUUCCAACGUUACUAAAGUGGAUGCUGGACUCUACACAUGUGUCGCCAGAAACCAGUUUGGAGUGGCGAGCAGUGCUGGUAGCCUUGUAGUUAAAGAGGCAACGGUGAUCACCAGUCCAGCGGGUCAUCUGGACGUGACCGUGGGGGAGAGCAUCGUGCUGCCGUGCCAGGUCUCUCACGACACCUCGCUGGACCUCAAAUUUACCUGGUUCUUCAACGAGCAGCUGAUCCACUUUGGAAGCCACUGGGCGUAUUUUGAAAAAGUUGGUGGCCGUUCGGCUGGUGACAUCAUGAUCCGGAAUAUUCAACUGAGGCAUGCUGGGAAGUACACCUGUGCUGUUCAGACCAAGGUGGACAGUGUAUCUAUUGCCACUGAUGUGGUCGUGAGAGGUCCUCCGGGGCCUCCUGUUGACUGCCAGGUGACGGCGAUGACAGAGACCACAGCCUCUCUGUCCUGGGGACCCGCUAUGGACAGUCACAGCCCCAUCCACAGCUACGCCAUCCAGGCCAGAACGCCCUUCUCCCUCGGGUGGCAAGCCGUUACCACCGUACCCGAGCUGCUCGGGGGGAAGCAGCUGUCAUGCUCUGUCAUUGACUUGAGUCCAUGGGUGGAGUACGAAUUCAGAGUCCUGGCAACAAACGGCAUAGGAACAGGAGAGCCCAGCAAAUCCUCCAAAAAGGCCCGCACCAGAGAAAUGCUUCCCAGGGCGACUCCGUCCAGGGUGAAUGGUGGAGGUGGGGGACAUUCAGAGCUUGUCAUCACUUGGGAGCCUGUUCCAGAGGAGCAGCAGAGUGGUCCGGGCUUCGGCUACGUGGUGGCUUUCCGCCCACUUGCGGCGCAGGGCUGGAUGCAGGCGGCCGUCACGUCUCCGGACUCCUCCAGAUAUGUCUUCAAGAAUGAGAGCAUCCCUCCCUUUUCCCCUUACCAAGUCAAAGUCGGGGUUUACAACAACAAGGGAGAAGGCCCUUUCAGUCCAGUGACCACUAUCUACUCAGCGGAGGAAGAGCCCAGCAGAGCUCCAGGGAGGCUGCGGGCGAAGAGCGUAUCUGCGUCCGAGGCAGAGGUCACCUGGAAGCCGCUGGCCUGGAGCAACAACCGCAGACGCAUCCUGGGCUAUGAGCUGCAGUACUGGGCUGAGAAGAAGAAGCAGGACACAGCCGCCGUCAUCCGGACAGUGGGGAACAAAACGUCCGUGCUCGUCAGGGAUCUGGAGGGCAGCAGUACCUAUUACAUGUCUCUGCGGGCCUAUAACAGCGCUGGAGUGGGUCCACAGAGCAUCAUAGUCAAUGUCACCACCAAGAAACCACCGCCCAGUCAAGCCCCGGUCAAAAUUAUGUGGAACACUUCCAACUCCAAGGUUAUUUUGAAGUGGGACCAAGUACACGCUCUGGAGAAUGAGUCAGAAGUCACAGGAUAUAAGGUGAUGUACAGCCAGGACAAACACAGUUUUCCCAGUGUGGUGGAGACCAACACCACCUCCUUGGAGUUGUCACUACCGGUCAACCAGGACUACGUGAUCCAGAUCAAACCCUUCAGCGAGGGAGGCGAAGGCAGCAGCAGCCGGCAGAUUACCAUCCCCAAGAUAGCAGGCCCCAUAGCCACAGGAGCAGCCCCAGAGUCUUCUGCGUUUCCCUUGGUCAACCUUGCAGCGUUAAUCCUCACAGCAAGAACUGCACUAUGACAAACAUCUGCAUCCACCGGGCACCACAGCUGCUCCCUGCAGUAAGAGGCAAAACGGCAGGUUGGAGACUUUCCACCUGCUCCCUUCCCCAUCCUACUGUCUUUCCUGUUGUGGUUUUUUCUACAAAGAUCUCUUUGUAAAGGAAGAAUCCUUCCCUCCACCUCUCUGAGUUGUUGAAAGGAGCUGCCGCUUUCAGAAGUUGCUUUCAUGGCAGUGAAAGGACACCGUGACUUGGCUGCAGUUUCUUUGAAGAUGUUUCUUUAUUUAGUCCCUUCCAACCAUUGGAUAUUCUCAUAUGGUUUUAACCUCGGAGGCCCAGGCGGUGCGUGAAGCACAAAAGGAUGUGAACGUGUUUUUUUCUUUUGCUGAGGUACUGUGCAGGUCCUUUUGAACAGAUAUCCUUUGUACCUCUGGACCUUUCCUGGACGCUUUGAUUGGAUCUAAAGUGAAGUGGGAGGAGACCUUCAGUAGCUCAUAUUUAUGUGAGUGAAGUCGUAUUUAUGCUCGGUUUAAGACAAGCGAUGGAUGAAGCGACGUCCCAGCUGUGUGUAGACUGUAGUGUUUGAAAGCUUCCUGAUCUGACUAAGCAAGACAACCAACUUGUACUAAUCCCUGCCAAAUACAGGGGGCUAAGCCUCAUUAUUUUAUGACAGAUCAGAAUUUGGGACCUUUGUAACUCUACCUGGAUUGUAUUCAUGCUUUUGUGUUGUACCACAUUACAUGGGAACUUGCCAUGCAAUCUGAAACUGUAACCAAAGGUAUUGAGCCAACUUGGUUCGAUACCACCUGUUGUAUCAUUGUGAGAAAAUGCUGCGCCUACACUCCCCCAAAUGGCUUCCGUUGUAAACAGCAGCCCCGUGUUGAUUAAUUGAUGUCUUACCUUCCUCGCUCAUCCAUGUUAAGUCCGUCACGCUGAGCAUUCCGAGCCCCAUUGUUGUACACGUAUGUAUGAAAUCCUCAGGUCCCAAAUGAGCCUUAUGAUUAUUAUCCACGUCAUUAUAAUUCAAGAGAGUUUUAUUUAUUUUCUUCCUCUGUUUAUUUUUGCAUUUGUACUGUGGCUCACUCAUGAUAUACUUUAUGAAAAACUGACUUACUUUUUUGCUAUGUUGAGUUUUCAGUGCUUUUGGUUUGGGCAUUUCGGGCUCAGAAACGACCUGCCUUUUUCCCAAGUCUUCAUGAUGCGCAUUGUAAUACAGUACAAGUGGCGGUGAUAACGGACUUUUCUUACGUAGCUUACUACAAAGUAGGGAUGGUAUUUUACCAAUGAGAUACUGUUUAGCUGCUGUUCGGCAUGAGAUUGGUCAGUGUACGUACCUACGUUGCUUAGGGUGUCUGAAUGGAUCAAGCUGCUUUUAAUAAACAUAAUGCCAUUUUC